GAUGCAUCAGGUGCUCUGUAUCAGUAUCUCGAUUCCAGUACUCUAUUCUAACUGUGGCCCGGCGCUGCUACAUGUGCUAUUCCACGCUGACUGCCCACUAUGCCUCCCUUACCAGGCUUCUCAGACAACCCAUUCGAAUCACGGUCGGACCUCGUCCGCGCCGCAGAGGCCAUUAUCGGUGCACUGCAGCCGUACAAGAGCAGCGGCCAAUCGAGGAUCAAAAUCCCGGUCGCGACAGCAGCAGGAUUCGAAGAAAGCGCAGCGCAACUGGAGGGGUUCGCUCGUCCGCUCUGGGUCGUCCCAUUCCUCCUGAAUGACGGUGUCGAUAAUGUCAAUCUAGCAUCAUGGGUUCACGGCCUACAGACAGGCACGGACCCAAAAUCACCAGAAUACUGGGGCGACCUUAUAGAUUUCGACCAGCGGAUGGUGGAGAUGGAGUCCAUUGCUGUUGCGCUCCUGGCUGCCCCCAAUGCGUUCCUCGGGCCCAUGCCAGUUUCUGCGAAACAGAAUCUGAUUACCUGGCUGCGGCAGAUUAAUGAUCAUAAAAUGCCACAGAAUAACUGGCUCUGGUUUCGAGUGUUCGUCAAUCUCGCACUGACAAAGACCCUUGGGAUAGCACGAGACGAGCUGCAAGGGCAGAUCACCGCCGACCUGAAUACACUGGACACAUUCCAGAUCGGCGAAGGAUGGUCGAGUGACGGUGCCUGGGGUGAUGAGCGAAAACAAGCAGAUUAUUACUCUGGGAGCUUCGCCAUCCAGUUUGCGCAGUUGCUGUAUGUUCGUUUCAACGGGGAUCAGGAUCAUGCCAGAGCAGAGCAAUAUCGCCAGUCAGCCAGACAGUUUGGGUCAGUCUUCUGGCGGUACUUUGACACUAAUGGUGCUGCCAUUCCCUUCGGUCGGAGCAUGACCUAUCGCUUCGCCUUUGCAGCCUUUUGGUCUGCAGCCGCUUGUGCGGACAUUCAAUUGCCUGAGCCAUUAAGAGACAUUGGUUCGAUUAAAGGAAUGCUGUUACGACAUUUACGCUGGUGGUCAAAGUACCCUGAUAUCUUCAACGUGGACAGCACGAUGAAUAUCGGCUUCACGUACCCGAACAUGUACCUGUCCGAGAACUACAAUUCCCCGCAGUCCGUGUACUGGUGCUUAAAGUCAUUUACUGCCCUUAUGUUAGCAGAAGACCAUCCCUUUUGGAGAGCACCAGAGCUGGCGUAUCCGUCUGUUGAUGAGUCCACGCCUCUGCCACAAGUGCAGGUCGUCUGGCCACCGCGACAUAUCCUGUGCAAUAGCCCCGAGCAUCACUUCAUGCUGUCAUCAGGCCAAAUGACGAGGAAAUCGCACAAAGCCCGGGAGGCUAAAUAUGGCAAGUUCGCAUACUCCUCUGCAUUCGGAUUCAGUGUACCAUGUGGACCUCUCCUUGAACAGAUUGCACCGGAUAGUACUCUAUGUGUAAGCCAUGAUGACGGAGAGACAUGGAAGGUUCGAUCGGAACCACUGGAUGAAAAAACUGUCGAUAUUAAGAUAUCGGGCUGGAAUGCAGGGGUAAUUUCUGCUCUGUCCAGCGUGUGGCGUCCAUGGAAGUACCUCGACCUGAGCAUUACGACGAUACUGGUCCCACUGAUGGUGCAAUUCCCAGGGUGGCACGUCAGGAUACACAGGAUUAGGAGCAAGCGUGCGCCAGAGGAGUUUCCAUGGAAGAAGAUUGAACUGGUAGAUGCCGGGUUCGCAUUGGAUGCGGAGACCACCUCUGCUGGACUUAUUCCACAAGUACAGUCAGUGUCCGGUAAGGAGGGACACUACGCGGCCAGGACUGAGUGUCUGAUCAAGUCUCGCGCUGGAGCAAGCGGCAUUGUGGAUUUAACAGAGCAAUCUAUCUCGGUCGAGAGUACCAACCUGGAUGUCCAAACCAAGAGUUUCGCGCUGAGGGCAGACCCAAACACCAACCUCAUUGCUUCCAGGACCUUAAUCCCAUGCGUGUGUAAUAACAUUGCAGUUGGAGGGCGGCCUGACAAUGGCGUUGAGUACUGGCUGGUUUCUGGGGUCUUUGCGGUAACAGCGAGUGCCGGCUUGGGGCAGGAUACUAUUGAUCAGAUGUGGUUGAAUAGACCACGCCCAUCUAUCAGAAUACUGGGUGAUGAUGUGGACAUUAGUUUUGAAUAAUUAUUUGGUCUUCACUAUAUUUCGUGGUCAUAUAGAACAGUAGCCAUAACAAGACGCCGAGGGCACUGUAGCCGCC